GAAAAAUUUUCCUACAUCGUCAAAGAAUGUUUGAAAAUGACAUUUGAGUCAUUCACAUUAAAUAAUAGCACAAUGACUGAAAAUAUCACAGAGGAGGACCAUUAUUUUGAUCUGUACUCAGAUUACCACUAUAACUAUGAAGAUUCACAUACUCUUCCCUUGGAGGAAUUAAUACCGGUCACCGUGGCUUAUGGUUUGACACUGGUAAUAGGAAUCACGGGAAAUAUUUUGGUCAUUGCGUCCGUGAUAAGAUUCCGGAAGCUCCAUAGUGUGACCAAUGUCUUUUUGCUUAGUUUGGCUUCCGCGGAUUUGCUUUUGGUAACCAUCUGUGUUCCCGUCAAGUGCAUAGCUUUCUUUACUUAUUCCUGGAGACUUGGAGAGUUUCUUUGCAAGUUUGUGAACUAUCUUCAGAAUUUGUCUAUAAUCUGCUCCGUUAUGACACUGACAGGAUUGAGCCUAGAAAGAUAUUAUGCUAUUCUGCAUCCAAUAAAGUCUAAGUAUGUUUGUACAAUAAGCUUAGCCAGACGAAGUGUCCUCUGCAUUUGGAUUCUGAGCAUCAUAAUGGCAACACCAACUCUGGCAGGCCAGACUCACAAGACGGUAGGCACAUACCGGAAUGCCCAUUGGUGCAUCUUGGAGUGGAACAAUUCCCUUGUACAGAGGCUAUAUGGUACCUACAUGUUCAUGAUCAUCCUGUUGGUUCCUUUCCUAAUUGUCAGCUACGCUUACACUAGCAUCUGCAGAAAACUAUGGAAAAUGGACAAACGUGACCGCAAUUUAGGAGACAAACAAGAGGUUGUCCAACUUCGACGAGUGUUAUCAAGACGGGACAAAAAAAUCAUCAACCAAAGAGGGACUAAUGGCGAUGACAAUAAUACCAGGAAGCAGGUCGUGAAGAUGCUUGUAACUAUAAUCCUCCUCUUCAUGAUAUCAUGGGGACCCAUAACGACCAACAAUCUCUUAGUAUCCUUUGACAUCUUAGACAACUUGCACAUGGGAACGUUGAAGCAUGUCCGUCAAGCGUUUUAUGUUUUAUCGUACUUUAAUAGCUGUGUCAACCCUAUUGUCUACGGGUUCAUGUCCAAGAAUUUUAGGAAGGCAUUCAUCAUUGCGCUAGGGUUUAUGUGUUUUGGUCGCAGACCGAGAAACCGAUUUUGGGAUGAGACUGUUGUGCGAUUUUCUACAGAUAAUCGCUCUAGCAGCAUUGUACAGGGUUAUCCAUAUAGAGUCUCUAAGCAGUUCACGAGGGAACAGAAUACCUUGGUACACUGAAUGACGUCAAAGAAAUUUCUCUUUGAAGUGUAAUAAAGAUAGACAAGUGUCAAGUACAUAGAGAUCAAGAUGCCGAGGGACUACAUUUGGUACUCUUUAUGACCACAGUAAAAAAAAAAGUGGUCUGAUAUCCUAUUUAAAAAAGAGCCAAGAAGGACAGCCGUCUUGAACCAUUUCAAACUUCAAGCUGGACUUUUCUAUAUAAAGCAACUAAAGUAGUAGUCAGCGUAUUGACGUUUUCUAUUAAAAUGAAGACUUAUUGGUGAAUUUUACCACUGA